AUGUCUUCUUUUCUCCAUUUUCUUCUUCCAUUCGGCAUCUCUCUUCUCAUUCUCAUUCUUUUUUUCAGUUUUUUUUUCUCAUUUAUAUCACUGCAAAAGAACAAUACUUCAUUCUGGGUGUAUUAUUGCUUCUUGGACUGUGAAAUGUUUAUAUGUUAAUAUGUUUUUAGACCGUCAAAUGUUUAAAUUGGAAUUGAUACUGAAUUUCUAUGCCUCUGGUUUUUCUUUGUGUGCGUGGUUGUUAAUUAUAUUCUGAAUUGUAAGCAGUCUUUUGAUUCCAUGAAUUAUAGAGGAGUCAGUUUGUGAAGCACAUAUAUUUUCUGUAGUUUUUGUUUUUUGCUUAUAAGAAUUAAUCUUGCGAGUCAUAUUUGAUGGAACUGGGAACUGAGUUUCUGCUCUAAUGUGAGCCUCUAGUUAUUUUCCUGGAAUUGGUGGACUAGCAUAAUGAAAAGAAAACAAUGUCUAUGAUCAAUGUGUGCACUGUAAAAUUUGUACUUUCCAGAUGGACUGACAUGAAGAAAAGACCCCAAUAGUGUCUCAAGUUAGGACCAUAAUAAUGAUGAGAUGCCUAUUGGAUGGCCAUUCGGUCUUGGCUUCUUGAAUAUGAGAUUUAGAGAUGCAGAGUCCCUCCCAGCUGCCCCAGUAGAGCCACACUCAAUGCACAUUCCAUCCACCAGUUUUUCCUCAUUCUCAUCCUCCAACCUUGACACUGAGUCCACAGCAUCUUUCUUUCAAGACAACAGUGUAUCCCUUGGCCAUCUAAUUGGAUUAAGACCAGGUGAGAAGGGACGCUUGUACUUCCCAAACACACUAAGAUUAGAAGAAACGGAGAAGAAGAAAACAUUAGCAAAUUGUUCAUGUUCUGAUGAUGCCUCUAAAGUAAAAGAAGUGGAUAUGUCUCGUGGCAUUUGCAUACCUAUACUACUUGAAGCCCUGCUCAAGAUUAGCAAAUGUAAGAAAAGUUCAAGUAACUAGCAUAUAUGAUGGUGUGACACAUCAAAUAUUUCGGUGCAAACUUGUCGCUUGCCUCUAGUCAAAAUUAACAAAUUAUUUUUCUCUCAUUUCAGACUGAUUUUCUUAUUAAAUGAUCCAUUUUAACUUUCAUAAGUUUGUUUGUUGUAACUUUGUUUUAUUUGAGACUAUGAAAAUAUAAUAAAAAAAGGGAGUUGAGUGUAUUUUAUUA